AUGUCUUCACGAGCAGCUGCAAUGACUGCGGUGGAGCUCAGAGAUCUCCCACGGCAAGAAAGCAUUACGGUCCUGCACCACGACAAAGACGCGACUGGUGGGGACAACCUUCGUAUCGUGACCGAAACGCUCCCGAAGAGCAUUGCGACUGCGUUCUCAAGCAGGUGGGAGGCCGAGCUUCCCCGCGGAAGCAAGAAAAGCAUCGGGGACUUCCGGAACACUGCUGGCGAUCCAGCCGACACGGUUGUCGUGACCGGCGGCAGCCCUGCCAUAUGGUGUGACAUAAUCAACUGGAUGCUUGCAAGUUGCCAGGGGUAUGGAUUCGCUCCGACCCCAAGUGCAGAAUUCAAGCAAUAUUCAUUCCAGUACUUCGUCCGCAAGUACGCUGCUUCCAUUGGAUGUGACACUCUUCAGAAACGAGCCGAGCAGCGGAUGGCGCGCAUCUCUAUGGAGCAGGUGCAUUCAGAAGACGUUCGUGCCCUGUGGCUCGUCAAUCCCCCAGAUGAAGAGAUGAGAACAUUUCUUGUCGAGCACGUUGCUGUUCGUUGGUGGGAGAGGCGGCUCAAGGCCAAAAGCGCAUAUUUGACGCUCCGAGAAGAAUUCCCCGACCUAAAUGAGAGGAUCAACACUUUCCUUACUCAGCUGAAGAACGCUUCUUGUGAAUCUCGUGGGAACAAGACACCAAAGCAUCGGAGACAAGGGGGCAACAACAAGGCUAAAACCGACAGUGCCCCGAACGCUCAAGCAAAGGGGCGCAAGGACCAGCAGAGUAACCGUGACGAGACCCAGACCGUCACCUUGAAGGUGGAAGUUGUGAGGAAAGCGACCAAGAAAACUCCUGCUUAUGCAAAGCUCGACCUGGCUUCCAUCGGGGUCACCAGAGACCAAUUCUGUGGUCGGAGAUCUUAA